GCAAAGCGCGGGCUACAGUUCAAGUUGCAUUUUAGAUGCGAACGAAUGCACAUCGUUUUCGGUUUACGGGGAUGAACUACGUUUCGUGAAUAUCGAAGAUACUUAUCGAAAAGAUUUCAACGGGUUGUGUCCAUUGUAAUCGUCCGGUUUUGCGAGUCUAAGCUGGUGUUUUUAGAAGAAAAUCGAUUAUCGUUCGAGUUAUCGAGUUCUCCAAGUGAGAUCGAUCGAUCGAUCGAUCUAUCAACGGUGACACACCGAACCCUCGCACAGUUACAACUAGAUUGCAACGUGCAUACGUUUAAUCAACGUGAUUGGAUACAACGUUCGGUGGAUAACACGAGUGUAAACAUUGAUAAAGAGAAAACGAAUCGACGAUGAAACGUACGUCGAUAAUGUCCAACGACGUUUUAUUCAGGGUCUUUUUCUUCGCUCUUCUCAUCGUCUCGACUUUGGCCGCUACUACAAGGUCACGCGGCAAGAAGAAGGUCGCCAAAGAAACAAAGGAAGUCAACAUAUGCGACAUCGAGGGUCGACAAGCGCCCGUUUAUUGUUAUUGCGACAACAACGGACUGAGGAACGCGACCGACGCUAAUUGUUUGGUUUUGAACAGAUUCAAGGUCGACGAUACGAUGUGGUCUUAUUUCGUAUCGCAGAUCUAUUUGACGAAACUAGCGUUGACCGUACGCGCAUCCGGUACCUUGGAUUACAUACCGACCGACGUCCUAAGACAGUUAAAGCAUUUGAAGAUCGUUGUGUUUCAAUACGCCAAAAUCGAGGAACUCGCCGAACGUUCGUUCUCGAAUCUAUCGUCGAUCGUCGAAAUCAACCUAAGCAGAAACAUGAUCGUCGUAUUGAAGAAGCAUGCGUUUGAAAACGUCAAGGAAUUGAACGUGAUCAAUUUGGACGACAAUAGAAUAUCCGAGAUUAAUAGAGACGUGUUCGUGAACCUGCCAAAUUUAAGAACGCUCUACUUGAACAACAACAACGUCAGCAUCGUCCACGACAAAGCGUUCAAGCAUCUAAUUUAUCUCGAGGAACUUCAGAUGAGUAACAAUCGGAUAACGGUGAUAACGCGGGAGAGUUUUCACGGUCUUAGAAAUCUUAAACGUCUCGAUCUACGAAACAAUUUAAUAUCCAUGAUAGGCGAUCGUAGCUUCGUCGAAAUGCCAGAAUUAACGGAACUCGAACUCGAUCAAAAUUCGAUCGAAUAUAUAUCGGAGAAGGCAUUGGACGGUAUGAGAAAUUUAAAGAAACUUCGUUUAAGUGAAAACAGAUUGGUCAGCUUAGAACCGGAUUUUCUUUCCGGAGCACCUGGUAUAUAUUUCCUUGAUCUACGCGAUAAUAUUUUGAAAACGAUGACCUUCAAUAAUAUCAAGCCGAUCGUAACGAAUCUUUACAACAGUACCAGCUAUUUCUACUUGGACGGAAACAAACUGAUUUGCGAUUGCAAUCUAGCAUGGAUUUGGGGACUAAGGAACGAGACGAAGAAUACAAAGUUACGGGAUGCCCUCGAGGAACUCACUUGCUUCCUCGAAAGUAAUAAUACUGCAACGUCGAAGAUCAACAAUGACGACUUGGAGAGAAAUCAGGAACUCGAAAUCGCGCGAAAUCCUGACACAUACUUGGCUGAUAAUCCGAAGAAUGGAAAUAACGAAGACGAGAACAGUUACUUGGCUGACAUUGUUAAUGAAAGUUACGAUGAUUCGGGUGCAGAGUACGAGGAUUCCGGGUUGGAUAAUAAUUCUCAGCCUAAGAUGCAGAUAUUGGAUGGGAAGGUGUGCUACGUGAAACAUUUGUUCGAUUUAAAGUUAGAAGAUCUACCAUGCCCGGAGACCACGAGAGAGGAUCUAAUGGCUUCUGAACAACCAUCUAGUCGUCAUGAAAACGCACCAGUGGGUUCCUCCGGUUCCGUAUGGUUCUCAUCAUCGACCCAGACCCACCGAGUCGACCGAUUUGUCCUUGCGAGUUCGCUUCUAGUCGUCCUUCCUCUUUCAACCUUGAUAUUCACGUAGAAGGAAGAUGACAGCGAGUGUCUAUACAAGAGGAACAAGAGUAUCAAGAUGGCAACAAAAAUUGACGAAAGAUACGACGACGAUGACGACGACGACGAUGACGACGACGACGACGACGACGACGACGAAUACAAAGGAUCUCGAAAAGAUAAAAACAGAACAAAAAUUUAUACGAGAAUUUUUAAUUCUCGAAUACGAAAUUUUUGCUAUCCUUCGAUAAGGAACGGGGACGAUGAUCGUAGUUUGAAUUUCUUAGAUUAAAUUUUGCUCGCUUUUGAGCUUGCUUUCUAUCUAUCUACCUAUCCAUCUAUCUAUCUAUCUAUCUCUCUCUCUCUCUCUCUCUCUCUCUCUCUCUCUAUUUUUCUUCAAAGAAAGAGAAGAAGGACGCUUUGCGGGAGAAAAAGAGAGAAAGAGAGGGGGAGGCUGGAAAAAAAGAAGAGAGAGCGAGAGCGAGAGAGAGAAUUCUUCUUCCAUGUUUUUCAUGCCGAAGAUCGAAAUUCGUAAAAUUCUAGCGGUGAUUUGAAGUAACGCGAAUAUGCCACGAUCUCGACAGCCAUUUUAUUCGAAUAGCGAAGGCACGUAAGAAAUCUUUUAAAUUUUCGUGCCAAUUUGAACAUCCCCUGAUAUAUUUCUAUAAUCGUUUCAUUUUUUAUUUUCUUAAAAUAGCUGAGAGAGAGAGAGAGAGGGAGAGAGAGAUCGGGAUUUUCAAAGUUCUCUCGUCGAUUUGAAAUAACGCGAUGUAAUACUUCGAUGGUCAUUUUCAACAAAUGGUAAAGAAAUUCAUGGACCAAUUUGAGAUCACGCGUUAUAACUCCGAUAGCCAUUUUCUUCAAACGAUAUUGAGAGAGCGAGAGAUCUUCAAAAAUCUCGAGUCAAUUUGAAAUCGGAUGAUACGCUCUAUGUCCAUUUUCAAGAGUACGCGAUAGCGAAGAUGUCGUCUUCGAUCGAGAUAAAAAACGAAGAAGAAGAAAGGGAAAAAAAAAAUAAGGAAGAAAAAGAAGAAGAUUAAAAUUAAACGGAGAAAAUCACUCAACGCAGAAAACAAUUUCUAGUAGCGUCGAAAAGUCGCGACUAAUCGUUUCUCGAAAUGUAUUGAAUUAUUUCAGGCACGAUGUUUUCGGGUUCCCGUGUCGAUCGUAAUCGAACUAUAAUACAUAUUACAUGUGGUGGAACGUCCAAUGAAUAAAUUAGCAUGUUUAAUGAGCGAGAAUAAUGUAACUCCCUCUCAGUUUGAAGCGACGAUGCGCGUUCAUCUAAAUUUCCACGUCUCUAUGUGUGCAUACGUGUCCGUCUCUCUCUUUCUCUCUCUCUCUCUCUCUCUCUCUCUCUCUCUCUCUCUCUCUCUCUCUCUCUCUUGCACUCUUUCUCUCACAUUUAUCAAGCCGAAUCCCACACGAGUGUACGAGCUAUUAUUCGCUAAUUACAUGUCAGACAAUUCAGAGUAAAAUCACGACGAGUUACUCUUUCUCUCUCCCCCUCCCCCUUUCUCUCUCUCUCUCUCUGUCUCUCGAAAUGCAUUUAUACACGUGCAUAUGUUAUUCGUAUGUGCGUUAAUACGAGAAUGAAAGAAAGGAAAGGGAAAGAGAAAAUGAAAGAAGAAGGGAAACGGAAGAGAAGAAAAAGAAAAGUUAAAGAGAAAAAAAACGUAAUAAAUAUAAU